CAUGUCGGUCUAUGGAUGAAACUGCUACCACUAUAUAUUAUACACCCUUUUACGAUUUCAGAAAAUAAAUUGUGUAUUUACCAUUUUGCCACGCUUUCCGUUCUCUUCUUCUCCACCCUCUCGUUAGUCGGCACCAAACGCAGGUCUCCAUCACAUUGCCCUAACACUCCACCCCAAAAGAAACUAUGGAGGGCAAGAUGGGGAUUUUGUUUCUGAUUGUGUUGGGUGCUGCUUGGGUUUGUGAUGCAAGAGAAUUAGUAAACCCUGAAUUAAACAGAAAACCAGACGUGUGUUCAGUUUGUGAGGAAUAUACAACUCAGGUACUUGAUUAUCUAAAGGAUAACAAUACUCAGGUAGAAAUCAUUGAUUCACUUCAUGAUACAUGCCAUCAACUCCGGUCUUUAAACCAGCAGUGCGGUAAAUUGGUGGAUUAUUACGCUCCACUUUUCUUCUCAGAAAUAGCUCCAAUAAAGCCUGAUGAGGUCUGCGAGAAGUUCAACCUUUGUGAGUCUGCAAAGAUUUCUUCACAAGUUCAUAGAAAUAAUAGCUGCGGCCUUUGCAAAGAUACCAUUGCAGCCUUAUUGGUUGAGUUGAAUGAUCCUGACACUAAGCUAGAGAUAAUAGAGAAACUUCUGAAGGCUUGCAAUUCUGUGGAGAAGUACAAGAAGGAGUGCAAGAAGGCGGUUUUUGAGUAUGGACCGUUGAUUCUAGCGAAUGCGGAGAAGUUCCUGAAGACAACAGAUAUAUGCACUGCAUUACAUGCCUGCCCUGCUUCCACUAUUGUUAUUCAGGAAGCUACAACCAUGGAAGAAAAACCAUUGCUUUCUGAUUCUUAAUCAUUGGAUUGGAAGCUACAUUAUGGAAGAAAUACUAUAAGUACAUUAAAGAUUCAUGUGCUUGUUCCUAAAUCUGUCCUUCUGCUGAAAAGGUUUAACUCUCAUUGAUUGUCUAAGAUUGUAAUUAUGGAAUGCAAACUUUAUAAGCAGUGAAAGUGUUUCUGUAUGAAAUUAUGAUUUAUGGAAACUGUUGAUCAUCCUUUUAUUUUCUUCA